AUGGACUACAGCAUGGAUCAAACUCCCUAUUUAAGUUUGUUUGCGGCCGUGUCUUAUGGAGUUGCCUCAAUGGGUAUGGUCUUUAUCAACAAAGCUGUGCUUAUGCAGUAUGCCUACUCUAUGACUCUUCUUACUCUUCAGCAAUUGAUGACGACAGUGCUUAUACGAUUUGGUAGAACAAUGGGAUACACGAAAGCUAGGGGAUUUAAUGUGGAGACUGCAAAGAGGCUCUUGUUAGUCUCAUUAUUCUAUAAUGCUAAUGUGGCUUUUGCUUUAGCAAGCCUGAAAGGAGUCAAUAUUCCAAUGUACAUAGCCAUCAAGAGGCUUACGCCACUUGCUGUGCUUGUAGCCGGAUUCUUUUAUGGGAAGGGGAAGCCCACAACUCAGGUUACUCUAUCUGUGCUUCUUACGGCUGCUGGAGUUCUUAUAGCCGCACUGGGAGAUUUUUCCUUUGAUCUUUUUGGCUACGGCAUGGCCUUUACUUCUGUCUUUUUCCAGACCAUGUACCUUGUAUUGGUCGAGAAAUCGGGAGCUGAGGAUGGGCUUUCGUCAAUCGAGAUCAUGUUUUACAACAGCAUUUUAUCACUACCCUUUCUUUUCAUACUCAUUAUAGUCACCGGCGAGUUUCCGAAUUCUAUGUCGAUUUUGUUCGCAAAGAGCACAUUGUUACCAUUUUUGCUUCUUCUUAUUCUGUCAUUGGUGAUGGGUAUAGUACUGAACUACACGAUGUUUUUGUGCACGAUUGUCAACUCAGCUUUGACUACAACAAUAGUCGGGGUCCUCAAGGGAGUUGGAUCUACCCCCACAAAAGAAAACAAAUUAGAGAAUGCUAAAUUGGGCCAGUCCAAUUGCAGCGUCACUUCUAAAACUGUUUGA